CAGUUUUUCCGGUCCAUACAUAGUGUUAUAUAUCGACGAUCCUGCGCUGAAGUCGAUCACUAGUCGUUAUAAGUGAAUUCUUGUUCACGUCGUAAUUGACAUUCUCAUUCUUCUCAUUGUACUAGCAGUUCUACCUAGCAGUUCUACCUAGCAGUUCUACCUACUUAGUUUUUUCGUGCCAGGCACAUCAAUCAAUCAAUCAAUCAAUCGUUCUUUGUAGAGUUAGACUUAGACAUCAAACAAUAACAGAAGAUGCAAGCUGCUGGAGGACAGCCACAGCUGAGUCCUGCAGAAGUCGCGGUGGCUGAGAUGAAAGGCAUGGCUGAUUGUUUUUCUAAGCUGCAAAGCAGCUGUUACCUGAAAUGCAUUCCAAACGUAAAGGAAAGUUAUGGAGAAUGCUGUUAGAUUUUCGAUGAUAGUGAUAGAGGAUUCUAGGUCUAGAGGAUUCUAGUACUAGUUGCAAGAAAUAAGUAAGUGAAGGUAAGUAACUGGAAGUUGUAAGUGCUUCGACUUCUAGUUGUUCUUUAUUUUAACUCGUCCAUGUGAUGCUUCCAAUUUUCAUCAUACUGUCUUUUUAACUCGUCCACCUUGGCGAGACAGUACUUAGGUAGUCGUAGUUGUAAAUUAAUAGUUCACGACCGAGUAUCAGAAGUCCUCACCCUCUAAUAGCCCGCUUUGUCACCCGGCGAGCAAAGCUGUGUGGACAGGUGUGUGAGCAAGUACCUGGAUGUGCAUCAAGUAGUAGGCAAGGAGCUCCAGAGUGUCAUGAUGACACAACAAGGCGCACCUCCUGGAGCAUCGUAGAAGGGGAACGAACAAGUGACGUCGAUGAAAGCCAUGGAGCUGGACUUUGAAGAAGUUUUUGUCACCUUCUUCGUCAAGUUCUUCUUCAUCUCCCCGAAGGAUAUAGAUAUUUCUUUGUUGUACGUCCUCCUCGCCCCACUUUUCGCAGGCUUUUUAUUUUCAUCUUCCGUGACGCUGUAGGCAAAUUAUGGGACCACUAGUAUUGUUCUCUACUACUGGCGGGCUGAAGUCAGUGUAGUAACGUUCUUGCCACCUUGUUCCUCUGCAGGUGAAUCUGAGAUGUUGGUGUUCCCUUCACAAGAUGGAAUAUCUUUGCG